AUGCAUUCCAUUUUUCCGACGAUAUCUAGAUUCUCCGACCACCACAAUAUCCAUCUCCGCCGCUACAACCGCCACUGUCUUUCGCAUCCUCUUCCACCGCCGCAACCACCUCAUCACCAGAGCACAAAAAUCCUACACCUCCCGCACAAUAUCGGAAUCUCCGCCAUAGAAGCCGCUCAACCCUUGGACUACAAAUCCAAAAUCUUCGAACGUAUCACCCAAUACAAAACUCUGAAAAUUGGUAUUGUAGGGUUCGGCAACUUCGGGCAAUUCCUUGCGAAAACCCUAGUCCGUCAAGGCCACACCAUCCUUGCUCACUCCCGCUCAGAUUACUCCGCCAUUGCUGCUGAGCUUGGCGUUUCAUUCUACUUUAACGCCGAUGACCUCUGUGAAGAACAUCCGGAUGUAAUCAUUCUCUGCACAUCAGUCCUCUCAACUGAAAAAGUACUCCGAUCAUUACCAUUACAACGGUUGAAACGCAGCACAUUAUUUGUUGAUGUUUUAUCUGUUAAAGAAUUUGCUAAAGAUUUGCUCAUGCAAAUAUUACCAUUAGAUUUCGAUAUUCUAUGUACACAUCCGAUGUUUGGGCCUGAAAGUGGUAAAGAUAGCUGGAAAGGUCUUCCAUUUAUGUAUGACAAAGUCAGAAUUGGCCAUGAGGAAUCGAGAGUUCUGCGUUGUGAGAAUUUUCUUGAUGCGUUUGUAAAAGAAGGGUGUUUAAUGAAGGAAAUGACAUGUGUUGACCAUGAUCAACAUGCAGCUGAGUCUCAAUUCAUAACUCAUACAAUAGGGAGGAUCUUGGAAAAGCUAGAUUUGGAUAGUACUCCGAUUAACACAAAAGGGUAUGAAAGUUUGUUGGAUUUAGUUCAGAAUACAUCGAGUGAUAGUUUUGAGUUGUAUUAUGGAUUGUUUAUGUACAAUAAGAAUGCAAUGCAACAGUUGGAAAGGUUGGAUUUGGCUUUUGAAUCGUUGAAGAAAGAGCUGUUUGGUCAGUUACAUGAGGUUUUGAGAAAACAGUUAUUUCGGACAAGGGAACGACAUUUUGGAGUUUUACAAGAACCACGAGCUUUAUUGAAGCUACCUCCUAAUGGAAAUGGACAUGCACUUCCACAACGAUCGGGUUCUGCUAUUAGUUGA